UCACUCAAAGAAACUCAACUCAGCUACUGCUACUUUUGAACUCAAACUCAUAUAAUCUUAGUAACCGAUUCUUCUUAUUCCAACUACUAAAACUAAACUCGAACUCGAACACGAACUAGCUACUGUAUCUUUGUUUGGUUUAUGGACUACUUCAGUCAAUCAUCAGACACGUGUAGCUACGUGGUGGAGAGUAGUAACUCAGACUACAAUAAUUACAAGCAGGGAUGUUCAUCACCAUUUUCGUCAGAAGAAGCGUCGCGGCGAGCUUCGCAUUCCGACGAGGAAGUGAUACUGGCAUCGAACAGGCCUAAGAAGAGAGCUGGGAGGAGGGUUUUCAAGGAGACGAGGCACCCUGUUUAUCGAGGGGUGAGGAGGAGGAACAACAACAAGUGGGUCUGCGAGCUUCGUGAGCCCAAUAAGAAGACCAGAAUAUGGCUUGGAACUUAUCCCACGGCGGAGAUGGCUGCGCGAGCUCAUGAUGUUGCGGCGAUGGCUUUCCGUGGCAAGUCCGUGUGCCUUAACUUCGCUGACUCUGCUUGGCGGUUGCCCAGGCCGGUCUCGCUCGAUGCUAAGGACAUACGCGCCGCUGCGACGGAGGGUGCCGAGGCGUUUAGGCCCGUUGAAUACGGAGGCGUGUCGGAGGAGAAGCAGGUGGAUAUGGAGGUGGAUCAGAGUAAGGAGAAAAAUAAUGAAAGAGUGUUUUUUGUGGAUGACGAUGCCACGUUGGACAUGCCGGGGUUUUUUGCUGACUUGGCAGAAGGUCUACUACUUCCUCCCCCAUACAAUUAUUUCGGCGCAGAUGACGUGGAAAGAAAUGAUGACAUGUCGUUGUGGAGCUAUUCGUUUUGAUACUCUUCGAGAGUGUGUGUAGUUGUAUUACCUUUUACCUUUUUUUAGUAGAUGAAAGGUCUUUUUUCUCUAUACUUGGUUUAAGUUUUAGGAAAAUAUCUUUCCUCUUUUCAAAUCUAGCUGUAUUGUAUGACAUAUAUUUGGAUUGAAUUUAAUACGUAAA